UUCAAACAAAAGAACCCAAUCCCAAAUCCCACUCUCUUUUCUCUCUCUAUAUCUCGCGCGCACGCUUUUUUCAGGAAACCCUCGCCGACCGGAGCUCCUACUGCCGUCGCCUGAAUCUCAAUCGGCCAUCAUAGUCGCCGUUGAAGUUCCAUGGAAGAAGAAGUGGCAAGCGUCUGUUCAAGUGUGGAGGUGGAUGGAGAUAUUAUUGAGAUUGAAAUGAAUAAAGGAAGUGUGGAGCUAAAUGAAGCAAAUAUUGAGAAUGAAAUGGGGGAAAUGGAAAAUGCAGAAGACAAUGUUGAGGACCCCAAGUUGGGAAUGGAAUUUAACUCCAUUGAUGAGAUUUAUAACUAUUACAGAAGAUAUGCCAAGCAAAAUGGUUUUUCCGUGUCUAAAAGAACCUGCAAAAAGGGUGAUGAUGGGAAGACGAAGUAUGUAAGUGUUUCCUGUAAUCGUGCUGGUAAGCCAAGGAUCAGACCAAGCAACUCAAUUAGACUUCGAAAGCAAACAAAAACGGGUUGCAAAGCUGGUCUUAAUGCAGUUUUGCGCCCCAAUGACAGGUGGGUAUUGAACUCCUUUGUACUUGACCACAACCAUGAGUUGAGUCCAGGCAAAUGUAAGUUUUACAAGUGCAACAAGAUACUUCAACCGCAUGUGAAAGGGAGACUUGAAUUAAAUGAUGGAAUUGAUAGUGGAAUGAACAAGAACUCGAAUUCAAUUGUGCGCGAGGCAGGGGGGCAUGAGAAUAUGCCAAUUCUAGAGAAGGACUGCAAAAAAUUUGUCAAAAAAACUGGACACUUGCGGCUUGGUGAAGGAGAUGCUACUGCAAUGCACGAUUAUUUUUUGAAAAUGCAAGUUGACAAUUCAGAUUUCUUCUACGCAAUGGAUUUCAAUGAAAAGGGUCGACUAAGGAAUGUGUUUUGGGCCGAUGCAAGGAGUAGGGCGGCAUUCAAAGAAUUUGGUGACGUGGUUACAUUUGACACAACAUGCUUGGUGAACAAAUAUGACUUGCCAUUUGCUCAUUUUGUAGGGGUGAACCAUCAUGGGCAAUUGAUGUUGUUAGGGUGUGCACUCAUCUCACAUGAAGACACAGAAACAUUUACAUGGCUAUUCCAGUCUUGGCUUGCAUGCAUGUAUAGAUGUUCUCCAAUUGCAAUAAUUACAGAUCAUGACAUAGCUAUGAAAAAGGCCAUAGAGAUUGUUUUCCCUAAUGCACGACAUCGGUGGUGCUUGUGGCAUAUCAUGAAAAAGUUGUCCGAGAAAUUGAGUGGGUAUGAACAAUAUGAAUCCAUGCAAUUGUGUAUGCAAAAAGUAGUUUAUGACUCAUUAACGAAGGAAGAAUUUGAAGAAAAUUGGGCCAAGUUUAUUGAGAAUCAUCAACUUAAAACCAAUGAAUGGCUACUUGGGUUGUAUGAUGAGAGGCAUCGAUGGGUGCCUGCAUUUGUAAAAGAUUUAUUUUGGGCAGGAAUGUCAGCCAUACAGCAAAGUGAAAGUAUGCCCACGUUCUUUGAUGAGUUUAUCAACUCGAAGACCACGUUGAAACAGUUUUUGGAGCAAUAUGACAAUGCUUUGGCAAAAAAGGUGGAAAAUGAAAAUAGUGAAGAAUUUAAAUCUUUCAACUCGUACAUCCCAUGCAUAACACAUUAUGAGUUAGAGAAGCAAUUCCAGAGUGCUUAUACGAUGGCAAAAUUUGAAGAGUUUCAGCAGGAGUUAAUAGGAAAGAUUUAUUGUUAUUUGUCUUCACGUAAAGAAGGUGGUGGAUUUGUAGAAUAUGAAGUUGAACAAGAUGUAUCAUUUGAAGAAAGUCUUCAGCGUGCAAUUUUCAAUGUUUCUUUUAAAGAAGAAACCAGUGAAGCUAAUUGUACUUGUCGGUUGUUUGAGUUUAAGGGAAUACCAUGCAGACAUCAAAUUAUGGUAUUUUUGCAAAGGGGGAUUCAUCGAAUACCAAACAAAUACAUUUUAAAAAGAUGGAACAAAAAUGUAAAAAGGAGGCACACUAAAGUUCGAAUCUGUUAUGACAACUCGUCUCUCAAACUUGAAGCACGUCGCUAUGAUAAAAUGUGCAAUGCCUUCUAUGAGGUUGCCGAUUUGGCAGCAGAUUUUGAAUAUAGGUGUGAAAAGGUGAUGGCACAUUUACAUGAACUAAAAGAGGACUUCAAAGAAGUUGAAGUUGUUUCCGGAAGCAAUAAACAUGUUUCUAUGGUUACUCAUAAUGAGUCAACCUCACAAGGGGAUGGUAUUGUAAUUUCAAAAGGAAGCACAAACAUACUUGAUCCAUUGACUGUUCGUCAAAAGGGGCGACCACCGUGCAAGAGGAAGCAAUCCAAGGUUGAAAAAGUUAUCAAGGAAAAAAAGGAAGGAAAAAAGAAGCUGAAGACCACAACUACUGAGGGAAAUAUAGAGAAGAAUAACAAUGAUGAUGGUAAUUUGCACGGUACAACUUCAACUAUUGGAUUUGUUGCCCCUGGUACACAAGAAACUAUUCACCGAAAUAAAUCUGGAAUGAAACAGUCGCAACUUGUUGGUGGAAUCAGUUAUGACUUGGUGUUGCCAAACGUGAUUGGCCAUCCAAGCAUCACUGCAAUGAGACCACAUCUUGGGCAGAAUAAUAUGCUACAAGGGUUUGGCAUGCACCCAUUCAUGCGUGUAUCUUCCUUCACUUUUUUGUUAGGGUCAUAAUCAUCCAUCUCCAUAUUGGAGGGCAGGACAAUCAAGUUUCAUCCACAUGGUGAAUGCACAAGCUAAAAAUCCAAGAUUGCAUGAAAAUGGUAAAAGUGAAAAAAGUUGACAUAUUAGUUGUGAUGAAGAUUAUGCACAAACAUGGAAGCUAUUUGGAUCUGAUGAUGUAACUGCACAAUGUUCACUGAAGUGUUUGAUGUACUUGCUAAUGUCACUGAAAGUUUGAUGUAAAUGCUAACUAUGGUUGAGACUUUUCUCGUGUUUUCUCUCGUUGGACUCUUCAUCUGAUUGAGGUCCAGAAUCUGAUGGAGUGCUGGAUAUAGAUAUUGUAACUUCAAUGUUUCAUGUUGGACAUCCCUGUCCGGGUACCUUUAUUAAGUAAAUGGAGCUUUUGUGAAGAGCUAGCCUGUUGCUUCUUUUUGUAUAUAUAUAUAUGUGUGUGUGUGUGUGUGUGUGUUUGGAAGUAACAAGAACGGUCAAUUGUUGAGUAGUGAACGGUGCGUGGUCUAGGGUGUUCAAUCUCCUUUCUUUUAAACUGUUUUGAAAUGGUUGUAGAUGUUUCUCCAGUUGAUUAUGGAAUUUGUAGUGUUCACUGUGGUGUUACCAA